CUCUCUGCCGGAUGGGUCAUGGAAUUCUAAACAUGAGGCAGAUAGCUGAUCAGCUUCCUUGGAUUUUGCUGAUGACCCCGGAGAGUUUUGCCUGAAGAUGGAAACACUGGAGUCGGAGCUGACCUGCCCUAUUUGUCUGGAGCUCUUUGAGGACCCUCUCCUGCUGCCCUGCGCACAUAGCCUCUGCUUCAACUGUGCACACCGCAUCCUGGUCUCUCACUGUGCCACCAACGAGCCUGUGGAGUCCAUCAGCGCCUUCCAGUGCCCCACUUGCCGGCAUGUCAUCACACUCAGCCAGCGAGGUCUAGACGGGCUCAAGCGCAACGUCACUCUACAGAACAUCAUUGACAGGUUUCAGAAAGCGUCUGUAAGCGGGCCCAAUUCUCCCAGUGAGACCCGCAGGGAGCGGGCUGUUGACGCCAACACAAUGUCCUCUGCCGAGAAGGUUCUUUGCCAGUUCUGUGACCAGGAUCCUGCCCAGGAUGCUGUGAAGACCUGUGUCACUUGUGAAGUGUCCUACUGCGAUGAGUGCCUGAAAGCCACUCACCCGAACAAGAAGCCCUUUACAGGCCAUCGUCUGAUUGAGCCAAUCCCAGACUCGCACAUCCGGGGGCUGAUGUGCCUGGAGCAUGAGGAUGAGAAGGUGAAUAUGUACUGUGUGACCGAUGACCAGUUAAUCUGUGCCUUGUGUAAACUGGUUGGGCGGCACCGCGAUCAUCAGGUGGCAGCUUUGAGUGAGCGCUAUGACAAACUGAAGCAAAAUUUGGAGAGUAAUCUCACCAACCUUAUUAAGAGGAACACAGAACUGGAGACUCUUUUGGCUAAACUUAUCCAAACCUGUCAACAUGUUGAAGUCAAUGCAUCACGUCAAGAAGCCAAAUUGACAGAAGAAUGUGAUCUUCUCAUUGAAAUUAUUCAGCAAAGACGGCAGAUUAUUGGAACAAAGAUUAAAGAAGGCAAGGUGAUGAGACUCCGCAAACUAGCUCAGCAGAUUGCAAACUGUAAACAGUGCAUUGAAAGGUCUGCAUCACUCAUUUCCCAAGCAGAACACUCUCUGAAGGAGAAUGACCAUGCGCGUUUUCUACAGACAGCAAAGAAUAUCACUGAGAGAGUCUCCAUGGCAACUGCAUCCUCCCAGGUACUAAUUCCUGAAAUCAACCUCAAUGACACAUUUGACACCUUUGCCUUAGAUUUUUCUCGGGAGAAAAAACUGCUAGAAUGUCUGGAUUACCUUACAGCUCCUAACCCUCCUACAAUUAGAGAAGAGCUUUGCACAGCUUCCUAUGACACCAUCACCGUUCACUGGACUUCAGAUGAUGAGUUCAGUGUGGUCUCCUAUGAACUCCAGUACACCAUAUUCACUGGACAAGCCAAUGUUGUUAGUCUGUGUAACUCAGCUGAUAGCUGGAUGAUUGUGCCCAACAUCAAGCAGAACCACUACACUGUGCAUGGCCUACAAAGUGGCACCAAGUAUAUCUUCAUGGUCAAGGCCAUCAACCAGGCAGGCAGCCGCAGCAGUGAGCCUGGGAAGUUGAAGACAAACAGUCAGCCAUUUAAACUGGAUCCCAAAUCUGCUCAUCGAAAACUGAAGGUGUCCCAUGAUAACCUUACUGUAGAACGUGAUGAGUCAUCAUCCAAAAAGAGUCACACACCGGAACGCUUCACUAGCCAAGGAAGCUAUGGAGUAGCUGGAAAUGUGUUCAUUGAUAGUGGCCGGCAUUACUGGGAAGUGGUCAUAAGCGGAAGCACAUGGUAUGCCAUUGGCCUUGCAUACAAAUCGGCACCAAAACAUGAAUGGAUCGGGAAGAAUUCUGCUUCCUGGGCCCUCUGCCGCUGCAACAAUAACUGGGUGGUGAGGCAUAACAGCAAGGAAAUCCCAAUCGAGCCAGCCCCCCACCUCCGGCGUGUAGGCAUCCUGCUGGACUAUGAUAAUGGCUCCAUCGCUUUUUAUGAUGCUUUGAACUCCAUCCACCUCUACACCUUCGAUGUGGCGCUUACACAGCCUGUAUGCCCCACUUUUACUGUGUGGAACAAGUGUUUGACGAUUAUAACCGGUCUUCCCAUCCCAGACCAUUUGGACUGUGCAGAACAGCUACCUUGAACAUCCAGUUCCACAGCAGCACUGAAGAAUAACAAAGAUUGAGGCCAUUGUAUAGGGGGUUGAGAAAACUAAGGCUUCAAGAGUGUGAUGAACUAUCCUCCAAGUCAUCCAGAAACAAACCCAGAUAGGGCUCCAAAUAGGAGAUUUCCUUCCUUUUACUGUGUUUUUAUUAAGUACUGGCUUUAAUAAUUUCUUUAUAUUUUUUUUUGUAUUUAGAGGAAAAUCUACAGAUUAUUUAUAAAAGAAGCAUAGUCUGAAUUACAGCUCUUAGGGAUCACUUGACUUUGCCCAUUAAGAGGCCCAUAAGUUUACCAGCUUUUUACCAGUUUCAUUUCAUCAAUCUAUGGCCUUGCUUUCUCCAUUUGCAUAUUUGUGUGUUUAUUCACUUUCUUACAUUCUAUUCUAUACUAGGCCAUGUUAGGUCCUGUUACCUAGAAUAACCGAAUAUGCAGCUAAAGUAAAAGUCACUUUGAACCUAGUAACGAAGUAAACAGGCUUCCUUAUUUUGGUUUAAGUUGAGAUAUUUUAACUGUGAUGUCAGAAACUUGUAUUGGAUCAAACAGAAUGGGAAACAAGGGAGACAGAAAGAACUCACUUUGGGCCUCAAGUUUAUCCAUGACUUGUGGGAUGAUUUGGGGAAGAUAAAAGGAUUCUUAAACCUUUAGUCUAUAUUUUCCCAGUUCUCAAAGGCUGAAACUUUUGGGCUAAUAUCAUGAAUGAUAUUACAACUGAAUAUUGUCAUUUUGAAUUCUACAGAUGAUUUAAGAAUUCAUGUUGAUUUGAGUUUUAUCAAAAGUAGAAUUCUGUUUUAGGGUAUAAAACAGUUACACCUUUCCUCUUACCAGUUAUUUUAGGCCAGUAAAAAUUUUUCACUACAUUUAAUAGGUACCCUAUUUUACCCUUCCACAGAUCUUUUUUUUUCUCUCUCUGGGUCUACAGAAAUUAAAAUGGCUUGUCAACAAACAGCAAUCCAACUUUCAACUGAUUUUGUUCUCUGGAACACCAGCAUACGGCCUUGAACACUACCAUGUCCAAAUAUAAGUCAUCAAAAACACUGUUUAUGAGUAAUGAUAAGACACAUAGCACAAGUACUACUUACUAGCACACAUGCCCCUAAAGUUACAGUCUUUUAGUAAGCACAUUUUGAAAGAUGUAGACCUCCUUGUAUAUUCUAGUAUAGUUUAUCAUAGAGUUGUAAGAAAAAAAAAUUUAAAUUUAUUGUUCCUACAGAGGAAUCUGCUAAUAGAACCUACUAAUCAAAUUUCACAUAGAAUUUUUUUCAUGCUGACCUGAUAUAUUGUAAUGGUCUCUGAAUUAAGACUUUCUUAGGUGAGCUUUGGCACAGGGCAUUGGCAUGGGUUCAUCUUGACAAAGGAAAUGACUUGUAUAAAUAUUUGCUAAAAUAUUUAUCUGGGCCCCCAUGUCAGUCAUACAGCCAUUGACUGAAAAUACUGCUAGAUUGAGGCAUUGGUUUUAGUGAUUUUGUUUCUAAUCAAAUCAGCCAUUUGCAGAAAUAAUUCAAUACACUCUCCUUUUAACCAUGACAUGGUCACAAUUGAUGUGCAAGCCAAUCUGGACUUUGUAGAAGACAAAGCCAGUUUCCUAUGUCUUUCUGUCCCUUCCCUGGCAGAUGCUGUCCUUUUUCUUAAUGGAUAGAUUUUAUAUAUUUACUAUAUUAUUUAUACCCAGAUGACUAUUUUAAUAGCAACCUAAGACAGUUUCACUUCUUAAAAUUGGACACCUCAGUGGAAAAACUUUCAUCUUUCUCUAGCAACUUAUUAGGACUUUUUGACAGUAUAAAAAUGUGUGUUUGCCUUCCCUGAAUAAACCGGAAAGGUUGUCUCAGUCAUUUUUAUGUAAAUUUCGGGUAACUGGAUAAUAGAUAUUUUAAUGCUCUUUGUACACUUACAUGUUCUAAGUAAAAGGGUCUAAAAGUCAAAUUCUGAGUUUUUAAAAACUCAUGGUAUCCAGGUAACAAUAAAUGCUACAGUUUGCCUUAUGAUGCUAACAUAAAGCAUUUACGAGCAGGACACUAUUUCCAUGAAUAUGUUUUUCAGUAUAAAGAUGUUACUACUUAGAUUUUCACUGCAAGCUGUUGAGGGUGUGUUUUUGGCUAUUUUUGUAAGGACAAGACAGAUUACGUUAUAAUUUUGUUUGCAAGUCUUACUCUUAGCUAACUUAAAAACAUUGUGGAUUUACCAGUUACUAUUUCCAAGUUUUCAUAUUUACAGAAAAUAUGUAUGUGAUGAAAGACCACAGUGUUUAAUUGCUGUAAUGACGUAGAAGAGAUUUCCAUGUCGAUUUUUUUAACUCUAAAAAUACAUGAUGUAGAUUGCUGCAGUAUAACUCUGCAUUUCCUUUAAAUGGACUGGGGACACUCACAGGAAGCAUUUCCGUAGAGGGGUAAAAAGAGAUGGCAGAGUGCCAAUUAAAUUAGUACAACAGAACUGAUGAGAUGCCAACAAAGGCUGUAAAGGCUUAGUUAGCAUCAUGUGUAUGUGAAUGACUCAGCUGCCAAGAACCCUGAACGCAGAAAGGUAUCAUGCUUCACUUUUCACUGUCACAAAAUUCUUAGUGCUUUUUGAACAUGACGCCAUCAUUUUCACUUUGCCCUGGGAUUUGUACAAUAUGCAUACUCGCAUAUUAUGUACCUAGUCCUUGGAACAGGACUCCAAACAUGGUACUGCUCUUCCUAAUGGAUAAAGAGAAACACAGAUCUAAUGUUGAACGUUGCUUGUUGAAACUUGCUUUAGAUUCAUAUUAUUCAAGUAUGAAUCUAAAUGAUGGAUAAGAUGAGGGUGGAUGUAGGGUGAAGAUUUCCUCUCCAACUUUUGAAGAAAGUGACUUCAGAAAGUGACUGCAUCGAUAAUGGUUUUGGUGGGGGGUGGAAAGGAAAUUGAACAUGGACAGACUCUAUUAUGGUACUGAUAUAUGGAACUUGAACUUCCUAAGGGAUGAGCCAGUGUUCUCCACUCAAGAUGGAUUUCUAUCUCAGCUUGAGAAGCACAUACAAAUGUCUGAAGAGUCAUGUGCCUGUCUGUUCAGUUCAUCUGGUGUUGGAGAGCUGACAUCUGGUCUCUCUUGGUAAAACAUCAAUGGCAUGCAGAAACAAUGACACUAGCAAGAGAAAUGUUUUGAAAAUCGUGCUUCUCGUCCAGGUCUUGAUUUUAUUACCAAGGAAGACAUUUGGCCAUAUCUGGAGUCAAUUUUGGUAGUCACAACUUGGAGACAUGUUGCUUCUGGCAUCUGGUGCGUACAAGUCAGAGAUGGCAUUAAACAUCGUACAGUGCACAGCGAAACUCCUCACCAAAAAUUUUGUCUGACUCAAGAUGUCAGCUAUGUCCUAGUUUAGCCACGCUUGAAUGAUUGCAUUUCUUCUGGAACACAAAAAAAAAAAAAAAAAAAAAAAAAAAAAGAUGCAGCCAUCUAUACUUUCACAGGAGUGGCACCGUCAUUCUCAAAAUUAUUCACAAAAUACUUGCAGAAAAUCUGAAUUCUAAAGCAACCCAAGACUGUGUGAAUACAAAUUAUUGAAAGAAGUGUUGUAAUCCUAUGAUCUUGGUGUAGAAAUGAGGUUUUCUGUAUGUCUCCUUGUACCAGCACAAAUUCAAUCCUGGUACCUGAGUCAACUGCCACACCCCUCAAUCCAGAAUCUCUUCUUGAUUUCUGUUGCUUCCUUGUUCAAAAUAAAAUCCUUUG